UCCAUGCCGCUACUAAAAACAGCAUUAGGGAAAAAACACAGACCCUUUUUGUGGAGCAGCAUACAUUUAUUAAAGCAGACAGUACUAAACACGAUGGCUGAUGAGAUCCCACCGGUCCCUGAGCCACAGAUCCCAAACACUUCUGCUGCUGGUCGUAACCUGAGAGGAUGGCUUCAGGAGCAGUUCGGCGACAGGCCCCUGGAACAGUGUGAGGACACAAGUCUACAUAAUGCUGCCCAUGUAGGAGAUCUAGACACUCUCAAGACCCUCCUACAAGAAGACGGCUUCAAACGGAGGAUCAAUGAGAAGUUGAUUUGGUCCUGUGGCCUGCUGCCCUGCACGCCCCUGCGAAUCGCUGCCAUGAUGGGUCACAGCGAGUGUGUGGACUACCUGAUCUCUCAGGGAGCUGCAGUGGACCUGGUGGAUGUGAAGGGUCAGACUGCUCUGUACAUGGCUGUGGUUAAUGGACAUCUGGACUGUGUGAAGAUCCUUCUGAAAGCCGGUGCUGAUCCGAACGGCAGCAUUCAUCACCGGAGCACCCCAAUAUACCACGCUGCACAAGUGGGCCGAGUGGACAUCCUACUAGAGCUGAUCAGGUUCAAUGCUGAUGUUGAUAUUGACCAUCGGCUGGACCAGAGGUUUAUGUUCGGCAUCCGCUCUUUGACAACUCUGGCAGCCUGUCCCCUUUUCAUCAGCGCAGCUUAUCACCACCUCCCCUGCUUCCGGAUGCUUCUGAAUGCCAGCGCCAACCCCAACUACAACUACAAUGGCCCCGUGAGCAGGGAAGUGCUGGUCAGGGGCCGGGCCUCCUGUAUGCUGGAUGCAGUUCUGAAACUCGGAUGUGAACCAGCCUUCGUUAGCUUGCUGCUGGACCACGGCGCUGACCCGUAUCUAGUCCCCUGGGACGAGCUCGAUCCUGACACCAUGGUUCGCUUAAAAGUCAAUGCUGAAGCCUUUCGCAUCUACCAAGAGGCCAAAAGAAACCCGAGGAGAUUGAUGAACCUGUGCCGCAUUACUAUCAGGAAGAUCAUGGGCAAGAAGCGUCUAGCGUGUAUCUCUUCACUUCCGCUGCCUGAAACCGUCAUCAAUUUUAUGUUUCACAAGGACUGAUGUACCUCUGCUUCUCCAUGUUGACGGUAUAUGAACUGAAGGGUAUGAGUGGCCACUCACUCUCCAGAACCACUUACGUGGAAACCAAUGACUUCCACAAGACUCUGGCAGCUGUAAUGGCAAGGUAAUGGCAUGUUUGUGUUGAUUUUGGGGGGAAAUCUGUGGAAUGGAUUCCUUGUAAAAAUGUGUUAAAUGGAGCUGCGAGUACUGCACUCUUAUUGUGAGAAGAAUACAUAAGCAUAUUAGCAAAAAGUUUUAAUAUAUGCACUGCUGCUGCCAUUUUAAGAGAAUUUUAGAUACUCUUCUUUGCACUGUGCCAAAGAACAAGCUCACCUGUAGUAAAAUCACUGUAACACUG